ACGACGUCAUUACUCCGCGUUACCAAUAAAGAUGGCUACCUAGUUAGUGAGUAGUUUUACCAGCUGUGAAUAAACACAUUGUUUUCGGUCGCUAGAGGAUUUGUUUUGGUGUUGUAAGUGGGCACUUCAUUAGUUGGCAUACUUGGCAACAUUUUACCGCAUAUGUUUUGGUAGAAAUUAGCUUGUAUUUGGUUGAAAAUGAAGUCGGACGUGGAGGAGUUGAUGCCGAGGCUGCUGCCCGUUGAGUACGGAGCCGGUGCUGCUGAGGAGCUGGACCUGAAGGGACCGCCGAGAAACCCCCGGGAGUACCUCAGACAAGUCCAGUUGGAGGCGUCGCUGUGUCCAGAGGUGGUGGUUGCUCAGAUUGACCCCAAGAAACUGAAGAAGAAACAAACAGUGAAUGCCUCUGUGGCAGGUUGCCAUGCUGCCCCAGUGGGUUUCUCCCCCAGCCUCAGUUGGCAGCAGCGCCAAGUCAGUAACUUCUCAGAUGUCAGACAGAGCAUCACAAAGAACAGGGAUCACUGGAGCAGCCACACCCUGGAUGACAACGUACUGAUGCCAAAGCUAACAGAUGAGGAGGGCUGGAAGAGAUUUUGUUUAGGAGAGACGGUCUAUCUGGGCACUUCGUCCUGCCACACAGAUGCUGAACCAGAGCCAGCACUGGACUAUAGCAAGGUGGGCUUCCCUCCCUUCCUCACCAUAGUCAGCAGACUGAACCAGUCCACAGUGCUGAUGGUGUUGGACAUUCUCAUCUGUUGGUGUGAGGAACACGAGUUUGUUCCACAGUUGGGUCGCUGGUUGUAUGCUUUGUUGGCCUGCCUGGAGAAGCCUCUGCUGCCUGAAGCCCACUCCUCCAUCAGACAGCUGGCCAGGAGAUGUGCUCAGCUCCGCAGCACGCUGGAGAGUCAGGAGGAUGAGAAACUGCCUGCCCUCAACCUGCUCAUCUGUCUUGUUGCCAGAUACUUUGAGCAGAAUGACCUGGCAGACCAGCCGGAGUGAGCACAGGGUUGAACUGUUGACCAAUAUUAAGACAUUAAGGAGGAGUAUGUUGUAUGACCUGUUACCGAUGCAGCGUUCAGGCGGCAGGCUGCACAGCGAAGCAAUGAGACACUUACGGCGACUCAGCGGAGAGAACUUUCCAGGAACGCAGCAGUGCAAACAACCGUUCAGGGAGCUGUGGCGAUUCUGCACGUCGUGAUGAAAGUUGAUGACAGAACUAAAGGGACUGGAUCAUGAACUCACAACAUGGAUUAUUUCAAGUCAUUUGGAUCUUUGCUGAUUUAACUGGACAGCAACCAAAGCAUAAGAUGAUUAUCGUUUUUGUUUAUUUGUGAAUUUAGUUCUGAGAUUUAUGGAUGUAAAGCAAAAGUUUUCUAUUAAACUGAUUUGUAGGAUAAA